AUGUCUCCCUCAAUGACUCCCCCCUCAAAUUCUGCAUUAUGGCUGGAGCUGUCUGGCAAGCUAGAGGUUAGACCUGCGCCUUAUACUCUACCUCUGAAGAAUGAAAUUCUUGUAAAGAAUAAAGCUGUUGCCGUGAACCCAGUAGAUUGGAUUAAGCAAGAUAUGGGCAGUUUUAUGUUUCCGUGGGUGAAAUAUCCAUGCAUUCUUGGAUAUGAUGUUUCGGGAGAAGUGGUUGAAAUUGGCCCCGAAGUUACACGGUUUAAGGUUGGAGAUCGUGUUGCAGGUAUGGCAAUGGGUCUCACGGAAUCAUCCAAUGUCCUCACGCAAAGUGGUUUUCAACUCUAUACUAUCCUUCUGGAUAAUAUGACUUCGCACAUUCCUCAUACACUAUCUUAUGAGCAAGCUUGUGUGAUACCUUUGGCACUUUCUUCCGCAGCUACUGGGCUUUUCCAAAAGGACCAGUUGGCGCUAGAAUUGCCAUCGUUGUCCCCAAAAUCAACGGGGGAGACUGUACUUAUUUGGGGUGGUUCAACCAGUGUUGGCGUAAACGCUAUACAAUUAGCCGUCGCAGCCGGUUACGAAGUCAUCUCUACCUCAUCUCCCAGAAACUUCGACCUCUUAAAGAAACUUGGUGCAAGUCAAGUCUUUGAUUACAAUAGCAAGACUGCUAUUCCUGAUAUUAUAAAUGCAUUUAAAGGCAAGACUACUGCCGGUGCGAUGUCAAUAGGACAAGGAGCUGCUGAUGCAUGCAUGGAUAUCCUCAAUAAGUGUAAAGGGAGGAAGUUCCUGUCAAUGAUGACUUUCCCCGUACCAUUUCCACCACCAAAAAGAUUCAUACUUCCGAAAGUUAUAUGUACAUUCGUUCCUUGGAUAAUUUCCAACCAAAUUAAGAAGAGAGUCAGAGGAAUUGACAACGCUUUCGUUGAAGGCUCAUCUUUGGCAAUGAAUGACGUAGGCAAGGCAAUUUUUGGGGAUUUUCUUUCGGGAGCGUUGGAGAAAGGCGUUUUUGUUGCCGCUCCUGAGGCUAUGGUUGUUGGAAAUGGUUUGGAAUCUGUAGAAAAGGGGAUAGAAAUACAGAGGAAAGGCGUUUCUGCUAGGAAAGUGGUAAUAUCGCUUGCAUAA